AUGCCGAUUCGGCUAAAGGGUAAAGUCUACAACACGGCAGUAAGACCAGCCAUGAUGUACGGUACCGAGUGCUGGGCCGUCAAAAAGCAGCAUGAACAAAGGAUGCACACGAACGAAAUGAAAAUGCUACGGUGGGCAGCUGGAGUAACGAGAUUGGACAAAGUGCGGAACGAAUACAUCCGAGGUAAGAACCUAAAGUUGCUCCCAUCGUGGAUAAGAUGUCGUAUGCGAUGGUACGGUCAUGUAAUGCGAUGGUACGGUCAUGUAAUGCGACGAGAUGAAAACAACGCCGUAAAGAAGGCCCUAGCUAUCCCGGAUAAAAAGAAAGGUGGAGGGCUACCGUACGCCACGUGGUGGACAACCGUUGCUAAUGAUCUAGAACGAGCUCAACUGGUCAAGCAAACGUUCUAG